UUUUUACAAACUACUGUCAUUCUACAUCCAAGCAGUGCAUGCCCAGAAACCCACCAGGUCACUACAGAGAUCACGUACAGGAACUUCCUUUGGGUUCCUGAAGCAUUCGCUGUAAUAAUGUAAUUUUCUGCAAAGCCCCUCGCCAAAAUUCAGCGGUUCUGCCGCUCCACGGGCUGGUGUCGUGUUCCCCAGAAGACCCUUUGCUCUCUUGGGAGCAGAGGCAUCUAAACCAGCUCGGCUUGGCUUUCCUUCGCGCUGUCUCCAUCCUGUCCAUUCAUUUUCUCCUCGGCUGUGACACUCCCCGAGGCUGCACGGCGCCUGGACUGCUCAUCGGACGCUGGUCCCCGAGGGGACAGGGACCGGCGGUGACACGGGAACUGAGCCCCGGCCCGCCUGGCAGGCAGCACCCCAGAGCAGGGACGGGAAGGGGAGGGAGCCGCUGGCCGCCGGGACGCGGCCGCCCCGCCGCCUCUGCCCGCCCCGCCGAGCCGUGCUGUGCCGAACCGAACCGAGCAGAGCCGAACCGAGCAGAGCUGAGCCAUUCCCGUGCCGCUCGGUGCGGGGUACCGGCCGUCACCGGAGCUGUCCAGCCGCCCGCACCCGCCCGCCCGCAGCUCCAGCCAUCCCCGCCAUGCGAGAGCGAUGAGAGCAGCUCCUCCAGACGCAGCCUGGCAAUGGAGGAUGAUUUAUUCCAGCUGAGACAGCUGCCGGUGGUCAAGUUUCGCCGCACUGGGGAAAGUUCAAGGUCAGAUGAGGAUGUCAUUUCAGGAGAACAUGAAAUUCAGAUUGAGGGUGUUCGGACAGAGCUAGAGCCUGUUGAGCUAGAGGAUGGAGCUGCAGUGCCAAAAGAAUUUGCCAACCCAACUGAUGAUACUUUCAUGGUGGAAGAUGCGGUGGAAGCCAUUGGAUUUGGAAAGUUCCAGUGGAAGCUCUCUGUUAUUACUGGAUUAGCAUGGAUGGCAGAUGCUAUGGAAAUGAUGAUUUUAAGUAUCCUAGCUCCUCAGCUUCAUUGUGAGUGGCGAUUACCAAGCUGGCAGGUUGCAUUGCUCACAUCGGUGGUGUUUGUGGGAAUGAUGUCCAGCUCCACCCUCUGGGGAAACAUUUCAGACCAGUAUGGGAGAAAAACAGGCCUAAAGAUCAGCGUGUUAUGGACGCUCUAUUACGGGAUCCUCAGUGGUUUUGCACCAGUGUAUAGCUGGAUCUUGGUGCUGAGAGGCCUGGUGGGCUUUGGGAUUGGAGGAGUGCCUCAGUCGGUAACCUUAUAUGCUGAAUUCCUUCCAAUGAAAGCCAGAGCAAAAUGCAUUUUAUUAAUAGAGGUCUUUUGGGCCAUUGGGACUGUGUUUGAAGUCCUUCUAGCAGUGUUGGUGAUGCCCACUCUUGGCUGGCGAUGGCUUCUCAUUCUUUCUGCCCUCCCGCUUUUGCUCUUCGCUGUCCUGUGUUUUUGGCUGCCAGAAAGUGCCAGGUAUGAUGUAUUAUCUGGAAAUCAAGAAAAAGCAAUUGCCACCUUAAAGCGGAUAGCAACAGAAAAUGGAGCUCCAAUGCCUUUGGGAAAAUUAAUUAUUUCCAGACAGGAAGACCGAGGAAAAAUGAGGGACCUUUUUACACCCCAUUUUAGAUGGACCACAUUGUUACUCUGGUUUAUAUGGUUUUCCAAUGCUUUUUCAUAUUAUGGGUUAGUUUUAUUAACUACAGAGUUCUUCCAAGCAGGAGAUGUCUGCAGCUUAUCCAGUAGAAGGAAAGAAGUUAAAGCAAAGUGCAGCCUGACUUGUGAGUAUCUGACAGAGGAAGACUACACUGAUCUGCUCUGGACAACCCUGUCAGAAUUCCCUGGUGUGUUAGUAACACUAUGGAUUAUUGAUCGGAUAGGCCGCAAGAAAACCAUGGCCCUGUCCUUUUUUGUCUUCUCAUUUUGCAGUCUUCUGCUGUUUCUCUGCGUUGGAAGAAAUGUUCUUACUGUGCUGCUCUUCAUUGCAAGAGCUUUUAUUUCAGGAGGAUUUCAGGCUGCUUAUGUUUACACUCCUGAGGUUUAUCCAACAGCCACGCGUGCUUUGGGCCUGGGAACAUGCAGUGGAAUGGCUAGAGUGGGAGCGCUCAUAACCCCGUUCAUUGCACAGGUGAUGUUGGAAUCUUCAGUCUAUUUAACUCUGGUGGUUUACAGCGGAUGUUGCCUGCUGGCCGCUGUGGCUUCCUGCUUCUUGCCCAUUGAAACAAAAGGUCGUGGCUUACAGGAGUCCAGCCACCGAGAAUGGGGACAGGAGAUGGUUGGAAGAGGAUCUCACUCCCCAGGGGUCACCAGGUCAAACUCUGGAUCACAGGAAUGAUGGGACAUGAAAACCUGCUGAAAAAAUGAAUGAUACAAGCAAGAUCUCUUUCACAAAAAAAUCCACGCCUGAAGCAUAGAAAGCUGACCAUACCAUCACUGCCAAUGUCAUGUGUCAAACUGCAGGAGCCUUUGGGUUAAACCAAAGCAAAUCGUGUCUCUGCUGCUCUUUGCUCACCCUCAUAAAAACUUUACUUCUGUCUUGAGAGGCAUUUGAUCCAGAUAUCAUCUGAAGUUUAGCAGGAAGGGUUUUUCUUAAGUCUGUUGUGCUUGCAUGGUCAGCUAUUCAGCUUAAAAUGUCCCGUGUCAAGCAAAUAGCUAACUGAAUGCAACUCAGUAUAAGCUGUAAUUUAAAUAAUGUACUCUUGAUGCCUAAAAACAAAAGAUCAGUAUUUAUUGUGUACCUGGCAUAGCACACAGUGGAUUCCAUACACUACAGAAUAGGUUUUAUGAAUUAGAUGCCUGCCUUGCACUUUUUAGCCAUCAACAACAACGACAAAACGCGAUAACGGCGAACCAGCCAAUGCUUUCUGGUUCGCUUGCUUGUGGGUUCUGUUCCUUGAGAAUUAGCAGGCACUGAUUGCUUGGGAACCAUUUUCUGAAUGUUUCUCCCAUCCAAGGCAGGUAGUUUGAGCGAGUGAGGAGUGGUAGUUAUUGCAGAGAUGGAAAUCCUCGUGGUUUGGAGCAGAAUUUGACUUCUCUAACAUUGCCAGAAACAUUGAGCACUCUGUCUGUUGCUUGGUGAAGACUGCUUCAGCUGUACUGGUGUCUCUUUGUGUGUGGAGAUGCACGCUGUGGUUUUCUGCAUGGGUCCAGGUAUGUUUCUGCUCCAUUUGCCUACGUAUGUUCUCGCGGUGGUGUAGCUGAAACCCUUGAUAAAAAAGCCUCAGUCUGAACAGCUGCGUGUAGCGGUUUGGAUGGAGCUGCUUUCAAGUGUCUCCCAACAGAAGCUGGGCUCCUGACAGCUGGGCAGAACCUUUCGGUAGCUGCUGAUUGUCCAUUGACUCUAACGUCAAGCUGGUGACAAAGGAAUGUAGCUGGCAUCAUGCCGUAAAUGAACAUGGGAUAAAAAGAAAAGAAUCAUGGGAAGAGCCAAACUGCAUCAUCCUUAGGUGAGGAACUUCACUCCUUCGGAUGUCGCUCCUCGAGGUCGAUGAUUCUGCUCUUGUCAGAGAAUGUAGCAGAGUUCAGGUGAGGAUAAGUUUGUCUUGUUUGUCAGAAACGUGUCGCUAUGCAGGAAGGCCGAUUUCAGAGUCUGUGGAUGUGCAGUGAGGAAAUGCAAAAGGAAGCUGAGACACGUCUCACCCGUGUCUCAGUUUAUUUUCAGGAUUCCAGACUAUGGAACACACAACCAAAUAUGAGAAGGACUAAAUGCUAAUUACUAGGCUGCGGGAAGCAAUACAUUUUUAUAGUAUGCGUGGUCAGUUGUCUCACGUAAACAUAGGUAAGCGUGCAACAAAUUUUUGCACGGUAGAAUAUUUUAGGUGUUCUGGGAACCAGGCCCCGUUUCUGUGGGGCACGGACAGGUCACUGAGUCCAUGUUUGGGUGCAAUACAGAUGAACACUGUUGGGGUUCAGCUUUCACUUAGGGUUUUACAGCACUGUAGUGCGAUAUAAUGCUCCAAGAUAUGUUAGGCUGUUUGUUUAUAGCACUGGAGGAAAACUAGAAGUGGAUAAUUCCUUAAAGACACUGAGGAAACUCAGACUAAUAAAAAAAGGCCAAAGAGGUUAUUGAUAUUCUGCGUGUGGGUGUCUUCUGCUGAGAAAAGUUGAAGUUUGACAAGACACCAAAGUGUCUGUCCCUUCAUUUACCACUCGACGAUGGUGGCUGCAGUGAAAGACUCCAGAAGCGGUUGGUCUGAACAGGCAAACUUUCCUUUUCACAGUAGUGCAAAAAUGCAGUUCAGCUCACAGGGGAUCCCUCUCUAGAUGCGGCUGACGACACAGAAGCACGCUGUCUGUUCCAACGGCUGUUGCUGCAUGCUGGUUUGGUUAUUUCUCUCUGUCUCUGCCAUUUCUGUAUCCUCUGUGCUCAGUCUCCAGGAAGUUCAAGUUCCAGUCGAUCCCCGGUUAACAGGCAGGGCUCUCACGGCGCUGACAACCAGUGCAAAUAACUUGUUUUCAUCUCCUUCUGUCAGGCCGUAGUUGGCUAACUGUCCCGAAGGCACCGUGGAACUGGGGUAGCUCGGUGCUGCUCAGAGUAGAGAUAGGUGGGCUCGUUCCCCUUGGAGUCUCCCUCCGACGUGCAAGAGGUGGACAGGACGUUGGCAGUGAGGAGCAGUUCCUGGAUGGGUUUAGAUCCAAUACUAGACCACGCGUAUGACCAGCAAGCUAGCAAACCUGCUUUGCCUUCGCACGGGACGGACUGUUAACCCUUUAGUGGCAGUUCUGACUGCCAUCCUCUUCCUCCUGCCCGUUCGGGCACUUGAGAGUGUGCCAUCCACACCUGACGAGGGCACAGCCCGAAGCGCACGCGUCUCCGGCCACGUGGCCUUGCAGUUAGCUGUGUUUGCAGUUAGGUGUGCGCCCCAAAGCUGGGUGGCCUCUAGGAGAAUUCAGCCGAGUGUAAGCCUGCGUUAGAGGUGAGGAAGAAUAUAAAGUGCAUGGCAUCCACGGCCUGAAAGAAUGCCACCUUACAGCCUAGCUGCUAAGUUUGUUUGCCUGUUAUUAAGCGCCUUUGGUUAAAAUUCUGCUUUCCCGGUGUUAAUGUUCACAUAUCACUUUGUUUUCUUGAGUCAAUAUUCAACAGUUUUAAAGGACUGCAUCGCAGUGGUCUUCAGAGCGUGCAUUCAGAGAGCUGUAGGUGAAGUAGAGGUAUCUCAUAAAUUUGCACAUGUGUAUAACUUCAGAUAAAAUACUUCCCAGGUCAAGAUCUAUAGGUAAUGCGAAACCUUUUGAUGCUGUUGAGUAGUUCAGUUUUAACCUGUGACAUUUACAGUAUUAAAAAAAAAAAAGGAAGGCAUUUUUGCUUUUCACUUUUUAUGAAUUCUGCAUUGAAAAUGUAUAUAAUGAUGUAAAUGCCAAGACUGGUCCUGCUGAGACAACUUUGUACUCUGGGUCUUUGAUUUAAAGACAGCGAUGGCUACAGCGUGAUCCAAAGCUCCGUGGAGCCUGGGCGAAUCUCCCACGGACAUUCGUGGGCUUUGGAUCAGCUGAACAGAGGCAGACAGGCAGGAGCCCGCCGCAGCCGAUCCCACCGCACGGGGCCUCUUGGGCCCCAGAGAAACUGGAGUUCAGGUUUUGCAGGUCCUUGCACAUUAUUAAUAAUGGAAGGACAUUUUAGAUUGUUCACUGAAAAACUGAAGAACAUUUGGGUUGAUACACAACAGCCUAUAAAUAAUCACAAGUCAUAUUUUGUUAAUAUGGCAACACCAUUGAUGUAUAUAAUAAGCUUCCAAAGAUUGUUUUACACACUGUCGAGUAUUUUUCACUGAUGAAGGAAUUAAUAUAGCUCGUUCAUUUAAGACAAUAAAGUGAGAUAAUUUUGAAUUAAAAUCGAGAGCAAACAGAAUUGUGGGAUUCAGAGAUUUGCUAACUGUCCAAUAUAUUAAUGGGCAAAGCUGGUGUGGGAAAAAAGAAUUCUCCAAGUGUGCUUUGAUGGAAUGAUUUAUUAUUCCUAAAUGCUUGCUGAAAGAACAUUGAAUGUUUUCCUGUGUUUGAAUGUACAGUUUCUAAGCUGGAUACAUUUUAAUGUUUAAAAACUUUGUGUAUAUCAAGCUUGUUGUAAAAUACUCCUUCUGUUCCUAUGUUACUGAUGCAACAUUGGAUGGUUUAAUUCCACACUAGAUAUUUUACGUUAAACAAAUAAAUAGUUUUUUUCAGUAA